AAAUCAACACGGAAGUAAGAGGGGGCACCAAAUGCAUGUUUGAAAAUUCACCGAUUUAGUUGUGAUGUGAUUCACAUCCUUCCUCUUUCUAUACUUUGAUCAAAUCGAAGAAUAAUCACACACUCACCUCGAUGACCACAACAGCCACGUCAUCUCUCCUCUUCACCGUCGCCCGCCCUAAAAGCACGGAAUUUUAUAAUAAAACAAACAUAACACUCAGCAAAUCAAGUUUUUUUUUUUGAAGAAAACAAUCUCACUGGCUCGCUCUCUCUCUCUUGAUAAGUUAUAAACCAUCACCGCCAUCGAACCAGUUCUUGAUCAUACUAUAUGGCUGAGCUGUCUCAUCCCGAGGUGGUUUACUCACCACGGUCAAUUCAAUUAUGGAGGGCACUGUGGAACUGGCUUGCUUUCUUCUUCCAGAUCUUUUUGCAGAUCCUUAGAGCCGUUGGACCUCAAUCUCUCUCUACUCCUUCUCAUACUUUCAAGCCCUUGCCUCUUGGCGAGUUGCCUGAGACCACCGAUCCUCCUCCCGCAACAGUCGAGAUCCCCGCCGGCACCGACGCCAUUUCCGCCAACGAGCCUAUCCAGAAACUCACCGUGGUUCUUGACUUGGAUGAAACUCUAGUAUGUGCUUAUGAGACAUCUAGUUUGCCAGCGCUUCUGCGCAAUCAAGCAAUGGAAGCUGGAUUGAAGUGGUUUGAGCUGGAAUGUGUAUCUUCAGACAAGGAAUGCGAAGGGAAACUUAAGAUCAAUUAUGUUACGGUAUUUGAGCGUCCAGGGUUGGAUGAAUUCCUAAAACAACUCAGUGAAUUUGCAGAGCUUGUGCUAUUUACAGCUGGCCUUGAAGGUUAUGCCAGACCACUUGUUGACAGAAUAGAUACAGAAAAUCGAUUUAGUUUACGUCUUUAUCGGCCUUCAACAACUAGCACGGAGUAUCAGGAGCAUGUGAAAGAUCUCUCCUGCAUAUCAAAUGAUCCAUGCCGGAUUGUUAUUGUUGACAACAAUCCAUUCAGUUUCUUGUUGCAACCACUGAAUGGAAUUCCAUGCGUUCCAUUUUCUGCAGGACAACCACAUGAUACACAGGUAGGAAUAUCUAAAUCACUUAAAUUCAUAAUUAUUCCCCAAUCUUGUUUGUUCAUUUACUCAACCACCUCUCUAUCCAUAUUUAUGGGCUGUUCAGCUUCUGAAUGUGCUUCUUCCACUCCUCAAGCACCUCUCUCAGCAGAACGAUGUGAGACCUGUACUCUCUGAAAGAUUCCACAUGCUUGAAUGGUUUCAGAAGCAGGGAAUCCCUGCUUCUGGUUGGACGUAGCAGGAUAAAAGAUCAUCUGCAACUGGAAGCAGCCCUCCUUUGUACCAUCCACAGUUACUUCAUUCAAAGGCAGCAACUUAUUGUAGGAGCGAUGGAUUUUGUAUAGCAUUAAUUUCUCCUGCAGAGGCAUUGAUGAAAGCUGAAGUAACACAGCUUCAGAAAAAGGAUUUAUCUGCUGCUUUUAUUGGUCAAAUAGGUACAAUAUUUAUGUCUGUAGAUUUGUUUAUACUCCGAUUCUUGUUGUAACUGUGUUUAUAUGUUUGCACCUUGCAGUCUGCUUGAUUAUUUAUGUAUCUUUUAGACUUCUGUAUAUCUGCUCCUCGUUAACAAAGGUUGUUAGUUUACUCGGUA